AUGAGCACAAGGAGAAACUACAGCAUCGACGGUCAUGCGGACCAUGGUGAGGAUCCUUCUCGUUCUAGGGAUACCUUUAUUGAUCCUGCGGCUCAAGACUUGAAAUUCAGAGUAUCGUUCUCCCCUUCAUCAUCUACUGUGGACCUUAAUGAAGGGUUUGCCUCGCCAAUCACUCACGACGAAGAGCAUCAAUGGACUGGAGAGGACCAAGAAUGCGAAUCAUCGUCAUGUCCUGAAGAUGAUGAGCAAGAUUCUAGCCCCUGCCACUCCGAGUAUAGUGACGAAGAGAACAGCCACCUAUCUGACUCUUCGGCGAAGAGGAAUAGCUCAUCCGGUGACAUCCCCCACAGACCGGCUACCUCAAAAGCAAUAGCGAGCCGAGACGAUUCACCUACUUUACCCCUGAACAGUCCUCCUAUCCUCCCAGCGUCUAUUUCAGCUUCGGAGCUGGCCCUCAUCAACAGAAGUGCAGGCUCGACGAAAGAUCGUAGAAGAGCUCGGAUCCGUCCAUUUGAACAAUACAGUGAAGGGGCGUUGUCCAGAAUACAAACAGGAAGUGUUUCUGUGGGAUCAUCUAGAACUUACAAUCAUCAACAGGCGGAUGGAAGUGAUGGAGAACUGACGGAAUUCUCUGACGGAGAGUGA